AUGGUUGUAACUCCAGUGGACGGCAGAGUCCACACCACAACUAUAACCACAGUGGGGAACAAUAUCUAUCUUUGUGUGUGUGUGUGUGUGUGUGUGUGUGUGUGUGUCAGUCUGCAGUGUCUGUACUGUGAGAAAACCUUCCGGGAUAAAGCCACGCUGAAGGACCACAUGAGGAAGAAAUCCCACCGCCGCAUCAACGCCAACAACAGCACGUACGACCGCUUCUACGUCAUCAACUACCUGGAGCUGGGGAAGACGUGGGAGGAAGUGCAGAGCGAGGACGACCGGGAGCUGCUGGACGAUGAAGACGAUGAUUGGUCGGACUGGCAGUCUCAUCCGGUCUCCGCUGUGUGUCUGUUCUGUGACAACCAGUCCGAGACCAUGGACCAGAUCUACACGCACAUGAAGGAAGCUCACGGCUUUGAUCUCCAUCAUCUGAGGACGGAGCUCAGCCUGCGGUUCUACCAGCAGGUCAAACUGGUGAACUUCAUCCGGCGCGAGAUCCACCAGAGCCGUUGCUACGGCUGCCAGGAGACCUUCCAGUCCCGAGACGACGUCCUCCGCCACAUCGAGUCUGAAGGCCACGUCAUGAAGCUGCCGGACGCGUCCACCUGGAACCAGCCGCAGUACUACUUCCCCACGUACGAGAACGACGGCCUCCUGUGCACGCUGUCCGACAGCGGCGAGGACGACGAAGGGGACGAGCGGCCUCGCGGCGAGGACGUCCCCGUCAUCGCGGAGGACGUCUCCGACCUCCGGGCGCUGAGACAGAGCAGCGUCCUGAAGCAGCUGCUGAGGAGCUAGACCGUCACGCAGCGCCUCACGGGUCCCCCAAGAGUCGGUUUUCACUUGUCCAGACGGGCCGGUAAUAAAAAACAAAAACAAUCCUAUUU